AUAAUAGCGGUGACAAUCUGCAUAAGUCAUUUGGAGUGAAAGAUCAUAAAAGAUCUGAGGAUAGGCAUGGAGAGAAAGGCUUUCCGUUUCUUGCUGUUGCUGCUUAUUCUCUUGUCAUCUCAUGAGGGGAAGAUUAUGAAAGCAGUAGAGGGGAGAAUUUGUGAGUCAAAGAGCCAUGGGUUCAAGGGUCCGUGUAUGACAGACCACAAUUGUGCUCUGGUUUGCAGGAACGAAGGUUUUUCUGGUGGCAAAUGCAGAGGCGUCCGUCACCGGUGCUUCUGCACCAAGCUAUGUUGAUUGAUGCAAUGCAACGCCUUGUCUCGUCUCGUCUACAACGUAGACACCAACCAAAACAAAUAAAUAUCUCUACUCUACCCUUUGGGGGGAGGAGAGAAAGCUAGGCUAUAGCUAGGCUGUAUUGUUUGUUAAAUCUCUUGUCUACUCUAUGGAGGAAUGUAACAGCUAGGGUGUUUGUUUAGUUUAGUCAAAACUCCAGUCAGGUCAUUUCAGUCUUUGAAUUUACCACUUUCAAAUCCAAGUUGUACUAGUAGAGCUUUGGAUAAUGGUGGUGGUUUUCGUUUUAGUAUUUGCUUUAAUAAUAAUAAUUAAGAAACGGAUGGGAGAACUUACAGAUCUUUCUAUAA